AUGGAAGGGACUAGGUCCCCUGGGCACUGUAUGACUGUGACAACUAUAAAGCUGCGGCACUGUUCCGACUUACAGAGCCACAUCAGGAUAGAUGGACCAUGCAAUAAUGCACGACUAUUUGAUGGCUGGAGAUUUUAUGCUUUGGUUCUUAAUGGUCCUUUUGUUCCUACAAAGACUGAUGCUGAGUCUGGAAAGCAAGAGGAAAAACCCACGAAAGAAUAUAUCGAAGUUGAUAGAAAAGUCAUCGAAAAGGGGUUUAAGGCAAAAAAGAUUUUAAUGUGCGGUAUUGGACCAGAUGAAUAUAAUCGUGUUUCAUCUUAUGAAACUGCCAAGGAAAUAUGGGAAGCCCUUCUGACAGCUCAUGAAAGAAUCUCUCAAGUCAAGCAGUCCAAAAUAGACAUGCUCACCACUGAGUAUGAACUAUUCAGAAUGAAGGACGAUGAGUCGAUUCAGGAUAUGCACACUCGCUUCACCUCCAUUAUCAAUGAGCUUCACUCUCUUAGACAAGUCAUUCCAAUCAACAAGCAAGUUUGA